AUGUUGCAGGUGUCUACCUCGGUGUUUCUGGCUGGAAUCGGACUGUACGGAUCCACACAGAUGGGUGAAUGUCUUCAGGUGUGCGCUAAUUUGGCCCGUUGUACACCGAAACCCGUCAUAUCCGGUGGGGUAAACUCGGUGGGUACACAAUACCACGGGCCUUCCGAACGUUCGACUGAGGCUCGUUCUCCGUCUGAGCAGGGAACGCAGUGUUCGUCCGCGCCACCAUCUCGGUCUGCGGCUCGCGCCAACAGUCUGCUUGAGUUCGCCCGUUUCGACUGGUCCGGUCGACCACAACCAACACGUCGACAACAGGGUCAAGGUCAAACAGAGGAUACAGUGAUUCACAUUCCCAGUGAUUUGAGCCGAGUGGCAGGCGGAAAUACCAGUGCCGAAUCACGAUCAAGCAGUUUCGGUUCGGAUUCCAACAGUCUGGCUGUUAUCCGUACCCAGAUUGAAUCAGACGGGUCCAGUCGGGUGUACGAGAUCUGUUUCUCCUGCCCAGUAAAGAUUGUCCGGAAUAGACGCUAUGUGAUUCACGUCCAAACAUCCCACGCAGAACGUGUCGCCUCAGCUUCCUCUUCAUCCACAGCUAUGAACUCAUCCAGUUUGUACAUUGGUCUGUUUGGACGAGCAGAAGUACGUGUUCCAUGUGGCUCUGACGAGUCUGCUGCCGGAUAUCCCGGUCGGCACGAAAAUACCCGUAAAUCUCGACAUCAUCAUCACCAUCGUGGAUCGAACGAAUCGGCACCACAAAGUGGACCAAACAAACACGGCCAAGAUAACCACGACGUGGUUUUCCACUUCUUCGACAACGCUGAAGGAGUGGAAAACGGAGAAGUGGAUCGUGGAUUUCUCCCGGAGCUUUUGUUCUACACCUGUUCCUAA